AUGGCAGACUAUAAUGUUGAUGAUGUUAUAAAAAAUAUUUUUGACAGCAAUGAUUCAAAUAACUGGAAGCCUACUGAUAAGAUUCCAUUAGUAAUUAAAGAAAUAGAACAUUUAAAGAAUGAUAUGAGAUCUUUUUUGAGUUCUAGUGAUUAUGAUAUAGCAUCAAUAUUGGAUGAGGGAAAAGAGCUGUGCGCAGAGAGCAAAACAUUAGUGGAUGAAAUGGAAUUGUGUAGACAAGAGAUUGAGCAGGAAACAAUGGCUGAGAUAUUACAAUCUAUAGAGAACCAUGACCAACUUGCCAAAGAAUUGCAAAGUGUGAAUUUUGCCAUAGAUAUAAUUUAUGAUGUAGUGCAAUGUGGAAAGUAUGUUAAAGAGUUUGAUGAUGGGCGUGAGGCACAGAGUUUCACACGGGCCGUGGAGGCUGUGUAUGACUUGGUGCAGUAUGUUGAAAUGCCUGCAGAAGGAUUUAAACAUUUAGAUUUGUACGCAAACACUAAACAUACAGCUCAAUUAAUAUUGGAUAGUUUGCUGCAUGAUUUAUAUGGAGAAUGGGACCGAUUAGUAAGUUAUAUAGUUAAGCCAGGCAUAAAGAAAACUGUAGUCAUUAUAACACUAAACUUAGAUGAUUCUAUGAUUGUUAUUGAUGUAUUAAAUGCACUAGAUAGAAGCAAAAAGUUGAAGGAAAAGGUAUCAGAAUUUUCACAGUUCCUAUUAAAGGAUGUCCUUAUACCUAUUAUUCAUAAUGAUUGUACAGUUUUUGCUGAAACAGAGGAGUUGAUGACUGUCACAAUAAACUAUAAGCAGGAUUUUAAACCGGAAUAUGAUGCAGUUAUAGCAAACCUUCGGUUAUUAUUCCAUUAUCUCAGUAACAAAUUGAAUGUGAAGUUCAAUAGAGAAUGCUCAAUAAUGAGAAUGCUGGGCAAAGAAAUAUGUCAACCGUUCAGUGAUGUCAUAGUGAAGGAUUGUCUAAUAGACACAAUACCUAAUAAUAUUAAUGAACUUCAAAGUUAUGGUAAAAUAACUGUUGAAAUUGAAGAUUUUCAGCGUUUUCUUACAGUAGUCAAGUUCUUUCCCGAUGACAAGUUCUCUAUACUUCAUUAUGUAAAUAACAUUGAUGUAUUGUUUGCUAGUAAGUCCUGCCAGUACUUUUUGGAAACUGCUCGGACUAUAAUGUUUAAGGAUUUGAGUGUUACUAUGUCUAUUGGUGUAGAGAGCAUACCAGAAUCAGAUGAAGGGCCAAGUGACACUUUUGAUGACAAUGUGGAGGGGGCUCUGAAAAUCCUUGAUGAAACCAUUCCAGUGAGUCUAUUCUAUUUCCCAAGAUGCAUGAUAUCAAAGACAGCUCAGGAAUUGUUAGAUUUGGUGUAUAUGAUGAUGGAGCAAGCUGUUCAAUGUUCAGAUGUAGUAUGUAAGAAGCUCUAUAAUACAACAAGACUCGUUUUUGAAUUGUAUGAUGCUGUGGUCCCUUAUCACCAUGAAAAUUAUUUACAAACGAUUCCACAGUAUGUUGCUCUAUUCCACAACAAUUGCAUGUACCUAGCACAUAAUUUGCAAACAUUUGGGGACAAGUGGUUGAUUCUGAUGGAAGGCCGCGAGCUUGACUACCCUAUCAGCUUUGUUGACUUGGUUCAUAAGCUCAGGGACCUCGGUUACAAGCACCUAACCAUGCACAUGCAACAACAACGCAAACAGAUAUUAGACAACAUUCGUUCUUCAGAUCUAAACUGCAUUGUUGUGAAAGAUGUGCUCAGUGAGAAUGCAGAGGCAGCUAUAAGACAGUGUUUGAGACAAUUGCAUCUGUUGAAAAAUGUGUGGAUUGGAGUGUUUCCUAACAAUGUUUUUACAAGACUUAUGGCAACAUUGGUUAACAUGUUUGUUGAUGAGCUGAUACAUCGCGUGUGCACAGUUGAAGACAUUUCUAUGGAGAUGGCAACACAGCUUACUGAAAUUUACACGCUCGUUGUACAGAAAGCACCGCAACUGUUCCAGAAUCCCUCAGAUGUCGAAAAAUAUGUGAAGUCAUGGAUUAAAUUGCAAGAAUUGAUAUUUGUUCUUGGCGGGUCACUCAAAGACAUAGAGAAUCACUGGAAAGAUGGCACAGGACCUCUUGCUAUACAUUUCAGAACAGAAGAGCUAAGAAACCUUAUAAAAGCGCUAUUCCAGAAUACACAGUUUCGAGCAAACUUGCUGAUAAAAAUAAAAUAAUUCGAGUUUUAAAUAGUCGUUCGCUGUUCUUAUUAUAAUAAUAAUUGUGUUCAAUGGUU